GAGCGAGAGAGAGCGAGAGAGAGAGAGAGAGGACACCCGCCCGGAACUGCAAAGCCAACAGAAGUUUUGUGUACAUGAAUUGUUGACUGCUUCAGUUGGACUCAUUCUUUAUCACUGGUGGCAGAUGCUGCAUAUGCCCAGGUUGUGAGCAUGCUCAGUGUGCCCUGUGUGUUGAAGAGAGGAACCAGCCAGUGAAGCAAAAUGAAAUCACCUCACCUGAGUGACAAAAAAUAAUUGAGAGUGGGACUGGACUGGGGACCGGACCCUGACUGCUGCUGGUGCUCAGGAUGGGCUGUACCUGCAGCAAACGAAACCAGGCCAGCGGUUCGAGUCCUCCCUCCCUGCACAGUGAGAGCCUGCAGCUAACCAAACACACCCCAGGACCAGCACUUCCUGUACCAGAUCAGCCGCGAGCAGAAGCUUCUCAUCUUGGUAAUGCAGAAAAAGAUGUUGUCAUCGCGCAGUGGGACUUCAAACCAAUCAACAACGAUGACCUGAAAAUGAAUAAAGGAGACAAACUGAAGAUUAUAGAGGAGAAUGGUGCUUGGUGCUUGGCCCGCUCCCUGGUCUCUGGAGAAGAGGGUUAUGUGCCGUCUUCAUACGUGAGCACGCCAGGGUCACAGGAGGAGGAGGGGUGGUUAUUUAUAAAUUUGAGCCGCAGGGACACAGAGCGCCUCCUGCUGGCACCAGGGAACAGUGUAGGAUCUUUUCUGAUCCGAGAGAGCGAGACAACCAAAGGGGGGUUCUCUCUGUCCAUCAGGGACUGUGGAGCUGCAGAACAGGGGGACGUUGUGAAACACUACAAAAUCCGAGCCCUGGACCACGGUGGAUACUACAUUUCCCCGACCUCCACCUUCCCCUCUCUGCAGGAGCUGGUGCAGUAUUAUCAAAGGACGGCAGAUGGCCUGUGCCAGCGCUUGAUGGCGCCGUGCCGCUCGGGGAUGCCAGAGCGCUCGUGGGCGCUGGACGAGUGGGAGAUUCCUCGGCACACGCUGCGCAUGGUGCAGAAGCUGGGGGCAGGGCAGUUUGGCGAAGUGUGGAUGGGCUAUUAUAAGAACAGCCAAAAGGUGGCGAUAAAGAUGCUGAAGGAGGGCAGUAUGGAGCCGGAGGCUUUCCUGCAGGAGGCCAACCUGAUGAAGCAGCUGUAUCACGACCGUCUGGUGCGCCUGUACGCCGUCGUCACCCAGGAGCCCAUACUCAUCAUCACUGAGUUCAUGGCCAACGGAAGUCUGCUAGACUUUCUGAAAACAGACAGUGGAAAGAAGCUGAAGAUUCCUAAGCUGAUAGAUAUGUCAGCACAGAUUGCGGAGGGCAUGGCGUAUAUCGAGCGCAAAAAAUACAUCCACAGGGACCUGCGAGCCGCCAACAUCCUGGUGUCUGAAACGCUGCACUGCAAGAUCGCCGACUUCGGCCUGGCCAGGAUCAUUGAGUCCGAGUACACAGCACAGGAAGGAGCCAAGUUUCCCAUCAAAUGGACAGCACCAGAGGCCAUAAACUACGGCACCUUCAGCAUCAAGUCCGAUGUGUGGUCGUUUGGUGUUCUGCUCACAGAGAUAAUUACACACGGGAGAACACCUUAUCCAGACAUGACCAACCCUGAGGUCAUCAGAAACCUGGACCACAGCUACCGCAUGCCGCGGCCGGAGAACUGUCCCGAGGCGCUGUAUGACAUCAUGAUGACAUGCUGGCGGGAGCGGCCCGAAGAUAGGCCUACGUUUGAGCACCUGCAAGACAUCCUCAACGACUACUUCAUCUCCACUGAAGGCCAAUACGAAAUGCAGUCCUGAAAGUGGGGCUGCCAACUGCUGUGGCAUUAGCAUCGCGGUAACAAGCACAAUGGUGCACUGUACCGGACUGUACCAACAGUACUGGGCCGACUGUACCGGACUGUACCAACUGUACUGGGCCAUACCGACUGUACCGGACUGUACCAACUGUGCUGGGCCGACUGUACUGGACUGUAUCAACUGUACUGGGCCAUACCGUCAGUACCUGACUGUAUUAACUGUACCGGGCAGACUGUACUGGACUGUAUCAACUGUACUGGGCCAUACCGUCAGUACCUGACUGUAUUAACUGUACCGGGCACACUGUACCGGACUGUAUUAACUGUCCUGGGCCUACUGUACCGGACUGUAUUAACUGUACCGGGCCGACUGUACCGGACUGUAUUAACUGUACUGGGCCUACUAUACCGGACUGUAUUAACUGUACUGGGCCUACUGUACCGACUGCACUAGGCCGACUGUACCAGACUGUACCGACUGUACCAAACCGAAUGUACAAGACUGCACUGGGCCGACUGUACCAGACUGGACCGACUUUACUGGACCGACUGUACCGGACUGUACUGGGCCGACUGUACCAGACUGUACCAACUGUACUGGGCCGACUGUGCCAGACUGGACCGACUUUACUGGAUCGACUGUACCGGACUGUACUGGGCCGACUGUACCAGACUGUACCAACUGUACUGGGCCGACUGUACUGGACUGUACCAACUUUACUGGGCCGACUGUACUGGACUGUACCGACUGUACCAAGCCGACUGUACCAGACUAUACUGGGCCGACUGUACUGACUGUACUGGGCCGACUGCAGCUCAGCUGAGGGAAUGCAGAGCAACUGCGCAGUGACUGCAUAGAAUGACUGCGUAGAGUGACUAUACAGAGUGACUGUCCAAUAACUGCGCUAAGUGACUGUGUAGAGUGACUGCGCAGAGCGACUGCGUAGAGUGACUAUGCAGAGUGACUGCGUAGUAACUGCGCUGAGUGACUGUGUAGAGUGACUGCGCAGAGCGACUGCGUAGAGUGACUAUGCAGAGUGACUGCGUAGUAACUGCGCUGAGUGACUGUGUAGAGUGACUGCGCAGAGCGACUGCGUAGAGUGACUAUGCAGAGUGACUGCGUAGUAACUGCUCUGAGUGACUGUGUAGAGUGACUGCGCAGAGCGACUGCGUAGAGUGACUAUGCAGAGUGACUGUGUACAGUGACUGCGCUGAGUGACUGCGCAGAGUGACCGCGUAGAGUGACUGCGCAGAGAGUUUGUCUGCACUCUCCAUGAUGAGACAGUCUGUUUACCCAUAAGCUGGAGAGCAGAGAGAGAGAGUGGUAUUUUACUGAUGAUGUCAUCCCCACUUACACUGUACUUACACUGUAAUUCUGCAGAAACUACCAGAAAAAUGAAACAAAGUUUGAUAUUGAAGUAACAAGAUAUUCUACACACUUAAGACCAACCUUGCCUUGUACAGACUUUUUUUUUAAUAAGGGAAGAUACUGUUUGUAUUUUAUUUCAGUGGACUAAUUGUCUUGUCAUACAAUUUAAUUUUUAAAAAUUGAAUUUCCAUUUUAUUGAAAUUGUAGGAUUUUGAAGGGAUCAGAGAGAAAUUGUAUUCAUAACAGUUACAUUUGCAUACAAGUUGCUCUGUGGUUUCAGUUGUGGUUAUGCUUACUAUGUUUAGCAUGGACCUCUCUGAGAGCAAGCCCUGCUCAUUCUGGGACCUGCUCACUCUGGGACCUGCUCAUACAGGGACCUGCUCAUACUGGGCCCUGCUCAUUUUGGGCCCUGCUCACCCCGGGGCCUGCUCAUUCUGGGCCCUGCUCAUUCUGGGCCAUGCUCUCGCCACUCUCAGUGUGCCCUGCACUUUGAGAAAAGGGCGCCACUGCCCCCUACAGGCUAAAUACCUUCAUUACUAACCAAGCCCAGCCUUGCGUAACUUCAGUAAUAAUUCUUAUCCCAUGUCAGAUAUGCACGUGAAAACAUAACUCUUAUACCAAUAUUCAGUGAAAUACAAAAGUAUUGGGACAGCAAUACAAUUUUGGCUCUGUACUCCAGCACAUUGGUUUUGAAAUUAAACAAUGAAUGUUAGGUCUUGGGUGAAUGUUAGAAAUGAAUAUUAUUGGUGAGGCUGGGAGAGGUUAGGGGUGAGGCUGAGAGAGGUUAGGGGUG